AUGGAAAGCAAGAAUUCGUCUGCCAGUUUGGCCAUUACCUCAGAUUCAUCGCUUCAGAAACUGUUGACUGUUGCCUCCUCAUUAGUGCUUUGCGGUUGUAUAGUUGCCAUGGUAACAAAAGUAGUUUUCUUCAAAGUGUUCCCGAAAAUUUGGAAGUGCUGCCUUUUGUCUCAGGAUGUGGCUUGUUUUCUUCUGAGUAUAGGGUUGCUUUUGGUGGCUUGUAAUCUGGGUGGCGCGAGAGGCUCAACGUGCAAAGCUGGAGGUUUCUUUGUUGUAUUUGGUUUUCUGGACUUCUUGUCUUCAAUUGCUAUAACCGGCAUCGCUCUUCUGAUUAUACAGAAUCCAACGAAGAUGUCGCAGCUGUCCACGUUCAGGUGGCGACUGUAUAUCAGUUUUCUCAUACCACAAAAGAUCCUGACGACUAUACUGGCAGCCAUUCCUGUAUCGUCUUUAGAAUACUUUGACACGGACUCUCCCUACACACUGGCAUGUUUCCCUGUUAGACAGGAAGGCAAACGCGGCGCUGCCUUUGGUGCAAUUCUCAUCUUUAUCUUGUGGGGGGUGAUGGUCGUUGCUGUGGUCCCUAGCGUGAUUCUGGCUGUCAGGUAUUGGGCGGGUUCUGGGACCAGGGUCCACGCCUCUACGCCGAGUCUUUGGCAGACGCAGAAG